AUGAGUUCAGGAGAAUUUAUUGAUUACUAUGAAAUACUUGGCGUGAAUUAUAAUAGUACGGAAAUAGAGAUUAAUAAAGCUUAUCGUAAAAAAGCAAUUACUUAUCAUCCUGAUAAAAAUUUAAAUAAUGUUGAAACUGCAACAAAGACUUUUCACACAAUCACAAAAGCUUACAAUAUAUUAACAGAUCCAAAACAGAAAUUAGAAUAUGAUCUUAAAUUUAAAGCCAGGAUUGCUACAAAGAAAAGAUUUGAAUCAUUAGAUGGUAAAAGAAAAGCAAUGAGAGAAGAAUUGGAAGAGGCGGAAAAGUCAGCUAAACAACAAAAACUUGAUAUAAAAAAAGAACAAGAAGAAAGAAUGAAAAGAUUUUGGGAAAAAGAAGAUCGAUUAAGUAAAAAAAGGGAUGACGAUUUGUCAUCAACCAAUAUUAAAAUUCCAAAUAAUUUAUCAUCUUCUUCUUCAAAUAUCAAUAUUAAAAAACAAACAAUUGAAAAUAAGGAAAAGAUAAUUCAAGAUUUUCAAAAUUAUGAAAAGAAAGUUUUUCGUUCUUCACCUUCAACUCCUGUAUCUGCUUCAAUACCCCUUAAAAAAUCAAAUAAACCAUCUAAAACCUCGAAUUCCGCCUCAUCUUCCUCAUCCACCUCAUCCACCUCAUCCACUACCGCCUCUAUUCCUUUCUCACAAGGUAGACAACCAACAGUGGCUACAAUAUCUUUAGCUCCAACAACUACCACAACUGUGGUCACUACAACUACUACCACUACAACUUCUUUUCCCCCUUUACUAUUAAAUCCUCCACCUUUACCAAAACACCUUGAUCCAAAAGAAUAUCCUUUAGCUGACACUCCAACACCUCCAGUUUUAAAAAGGUUUUGUUUUGAUUUAAAUGGCCAACCUGCUUACAUUCGUGAGCAUGAGGACACUGAAGAACAAUUGUUGAAGGCUUUAUAUAAUAUGCGAGCAUCUGGUCCUACAUCCUCUACAUCAAAAACUGUAAAGACUGCUACUUAUCAUUCUUUUAAUGAUAAUUUUAGUGGAGCUAAACCUUCAGAAAGCGGUGCCCGUAAAAGACCUGCAUCUCCCUUAGAAUUAACAUUAGAACCUCCUAAACAAUCUUCCAAUAAUAAUAGUAUUGAUAGCAAUGAGCUUAGUAAUCAUUUAAGCAAAACCACGCGGGCUUAUAGAUCUUUAUCCCCGCCACAUAAGAAAGUUUGUGCCAAAUCAUCCUCAUCCAUGGUAACAAUUGACUCACGCCAAUCCAUUACCCCCUCCACUUCUUCAAAUUCAAGACAUUAUAAUGCCAUGUCAACAUCUAAUCUUGGUAUGGAUACUCCUUCUACUGCAAGAAGUACCCAAUCUUCUGCACUUCCUUCUCCAUCUCUUUCACCAAACAAUAAUACAAAUCAAUUUGAAACUUUCUUUGCUAACCAUUCUUCUAACACCAAUAUGAAUGAUGAUGAUAAUUUAACAACAAUUAUUGAUGAUACAACAUUCGACGCACUACCGCCUUCAAUGAAAUCUUAUAUGCUUUUUCAAUUAUUAAGGCGUUGUCCUACUAAUACUCUCCAAUAUGUUAGUAGUAUAAUUUUACCUGCAUUAAGAAAAGAUUUUCUUGGUACUUUACCGCUAGAACUAAGUCUACACAUAGUAAGAUACUUGGAUGCAUCAAGUAUGUGUAAAGCAGCUCAAGUUAAUCAACGAUGGAGGAAUGUUGUGGAUGGUGAUGGAUUUACUUGGAAAAAGCGCUUGUUAUCUGAUGGUUUCAAUCUUGAGGAAUCAGAAGAAGCACGAGCUAUUUCAGAAAAUUGGGUAGAUAUUUCAUCUUCUGAAGAAAGGACAAUUGUAGAAAUUGAUGAAGAUGACAAUACUGAGAUUAUGAGAGUUAUCAAUAAUAAUACUAGAAUUAAAAUUGAAGGUUCUUAUACACUCUCUCCUAGUAGUACAGAGGUCCAGCCAUCAUCAUCUAAUAAUACAAAUGGUAACGACAAUGAUAAUAGUGAUAGUCAUAGUAAGGAUGACGACAAUAAUGAUUCUUCACAUACAAAGGAGAUUUCUUCAAUUCAAAAUAAAGGUAAAGGUCGAGCAGACGUUGGAUGGGAUUCAACAGAACUUUAUCAAGACGAACCAAAUCAAGACGAUGAUAAGCCAUAUGAUGGUGAUGAUAGUGAUGUUGAUGCAAUGUCUCAAGAAAGUGGUGAUCAUGUUGACACCUCUGAUGAUAAAUUACCUCUUCCACCUUCAACCAAUCAUCCAUAUAAAGAGAUCUACCGCCGCCAUUAUCUUACACGAAAAAAUUGGUCUUAUGGUCGACAUAAGCACAUAUCAUUCCAAGGUCAUGGUAACAAUGUUGUAACCUGUUUGCAAUUCGACUCUGAAAAAAUUAUUUCAGGCUCAGACGAUCAAUGUAUAAAUGUUUACGAUACAGCUACUGGUAGAAUGAUAAAUAGACUCGAAGGUCAUGAUGGUGUAUGGAGUCUUGAAGAUGGCACUAAUAUUUGGACAUUAGAAGGACAUUCAUCGCUUGUUGGUCUACUUGAUCUUUCUCACGAUUACCUUGUUUCAGCAGCAGCAGAUUCAAGUCUUCGUAUAUGGAAUCCCGAUGAUGGCACCAUGAGUUCAAUCAAAUCACUCAUUCCUCCAAAACUUUCUGCCUCAGGAAUUGCGGGUAACUCUGCAGCGUACGCACAAUUAAGUGACUUUUAUAGCAAACUUCCAAAAGGUCCUCUAUCUCAACAUGCACCACCUGGAUUAUUAGGCCGAUAUUAUUAUAGAUAUUUUAGAACUAGCUCGCCUGCUCCUAUUCUUCAUCUUAUUGUAGGCCUGGGAAUAUUAGAUUAUGCACUUGCAUAUCACCUUCAUUUAAGUAAAUAG